UAGGUUUGGAACGUAGCCUUGUAACCGUUUCUUUAGUAUAGAUGCUAUUUCCGUAUUCCUUCUCAGUAUCGCGUUAAAAAUCAAAACUGAGCUAAUGUAAAAUAAACAAUUUGGUAGAAUAUCGUGCAUAUUUAUGAACACGUGUGUCAUUGUAUUUGUAUUUUCAUCACGUCUAGAAAAUGACUUCGGAGAUGGAUACAUCUAAGACCGACGAUUAUUACGUGACUGCUUUGCAAAUUUUCGACUAUUGUGGUGCUGAAGUCUCUGGUACUUUACGUGUGGACUCACUGAUGGAUAAAUUUGCACCUUUCGUUAAAACUAACAAGACUGAAUAUAGUUUUCUGAAGUCUCUUUUGGAUCCAGAGCAGGAUAAUCCAGAGAUAAGUGUCACAAAACUUGCAAAUGCUCUCAAUAAAUACAGCAAGAGCCAGAAAUCUAAAUUAGAUCUUGAUGAAAGUUUCAAUUUAAGGUGUGGCCAAGCACCGCAAGAUUCAGACUCUGGAAUAUCAGAUGGUGAAUAUUUUCUUUUUUUUUAAAUAACUGUUGGUAUUGGUCAGACAAUCUUUAAAAUUAUCAAUUUUUUUUUAAUUUUUUUUUUUCUAUUGUAGGCAAAAAACUUAUUUUGAGAAAAAAACAAAUCUUUAAUAAACUAUAGCACUUGUGUGCUAUAUCAGGAAUACUUGCUUUUAUUUUUAUUAUGUAAUAAAGAAAUGAAACUAAUUAAAGUAAGUACAUUUUGAAAUUAUAAAAUUAUAUUGACAUAAUUAUAAAACAGCUCUUGAAAUCAUAUUUUUUUUUCUACUCACAAUAUUUUUCAAAACUUCUUUUAGUUAAUAAGAAUGGAUGCAAGAAACUCAUCAGCAUUUCAAUUAUGUUGCUACUGCAUUUUUUAUGAGCAUUAUUGAUGCAUUGUAUACUUUAAGUGAAAUCAAAAUUCUUGAUGAAACCAAUGAAAUAAUAUUUUAUUAUUUAUUUAUUUAAUCCUUAAUGCCUUUACAUUGCAUAUGGCGGACUUAAUGCCAGCAUGGCAUUCUCUACCAGUCAACCGGAAAGAAUGUGCAGAGUCAAUAAAAAUACAAAUAAAUUAAUUGUCAGAAGCUUUGAUUAUUCAAAUAGUCCUGGAUUUGGUAAUACCCCUUGCUCAUCAGAAUGUUUUUAGUUUGAUGCAUAGGUAUAUGAAUAAUUAGCUUGAGGCAUUUUUUCUAUAAAAAAAUAUAAAUAAGCCCAAAAAUUAGCAUUGUAAUUUUUGAAAUCAGAAAUAAUAUGGGACCAGCUAGUUCAUUUUAAUUCUUUUGAUAACUUGUCAAUAUCAGUUUUCUUUAAUGGAAUCGCUAUAAUUUUUACGAAAUUUAAUUAUAUUCUCAUAUGUAUAACAUAUAAUCAUAUGCCUCAUAUGUGUACUAUACAAUUGAUAAUAUUUUUUCUGCGAUGGCCUACUUUCACUUAGGUGAGGUCUGUGCCACAGCUGUGAAGACAUUCAAAAUCUGACAAAAGAAAUACAUAUUUUUAACAUACACACCAAAUCAGCAUAUGCCCAAAGUAAGCACUGUAUGGCUUGUGUUAUGGGAUACUAGGGUAACGGAUGGAAUACAUAAGUAUAUAUUUUUUUAUUGAGAAUAAACAUCCAUGACUCAGGCAUAAAUGCUCAUAUUCAUCACGCAAACAUUGGCCGCACCGGGAUUGGAACCUGGGAUCUCUGAGUAGGCAACACCUUGGAAACCGGCUUCGAUUCCACUAGAGCUACGGAGGUCUUCAUAUGAUGACAAUGAUGAUUCUUGCAUCGCAGGUUGUGGGCCGCCGCACGUAGUCUCCGUAUUUUAUCCAUUGUGCGUGCAGGGUAUAUUAGGCUUACUAUAACUAGCACAGCCACCCCAGCUCCUUCCAGAAGCGCGCAGUAGUCUCCUGGGACUCUCACAGGCUUCUAGGAGCGUCCUCGGAUUGAUGCCCGGUGUUCCGCGCCCAUGCAUUAUAGGAUCACAUGAACGGCCGUUUUAUCUGCUUCCAGACAUCCUCUGCACAAAUAAACUGUAGCACGUAUGGUUGGUGAAUGCUUUUUAAGUAGGCAGUGCAAUGUUAUCAUCACAGGUUAUCAGUUGCUAGAAGAACUGCAGAGUGAGCUGCGUGAGAAGUCCCACCUGGCCUCUCAGCUCCGCAGCCAGCUGGAGUUCACGGACCGCCAGCACGAGGAGGUGCUGGGCGCGCUCGUCGCUGAGCGGGACUCGCUACGGGUGCACCUCAAUAUGCUUCGAGAGGAGAACUUGUCGCUGACUCACUUACGUCGAGAUUACGAUGACGCGUGCGAGAGGCUGUGUAGUAACGAGGCUGAGCUACAAACGACUCGACGGGACCUCGAGGCUUUCAAGAAAAAGAUCAAGUCAUUUGCUGAUGAAACUACACGCUUGGAGGCUGAGAAAAUGACUCUCCAAGAUCUACUCAGCAAGUCUAAAGAAGAGUGCCACCGCGUGAACGAAAUGUACGCCAACCGUCAGAGCGCUUUACUCGAGGAAAACGAGAGUAUGAGGAGCUCUCAUGCAGAUCUGUCUGCGAGGCUUCAAGAUCAGGACGAAUUCUUACAGCAAAUCAUCAAGGAAAAGGUUCUCUUGGAAAUGGAACUAAAGGACAUGUUGAACAAGUCCAAUCAGACUCACUUGCGUUUAGAUCGAUCCAUCGACGUGAGCUACACCGAAGACCAGAUGCUUACUGCUUUGGACAGCCUCAACGUUGACAGCCGCUUCUCGCAAGACAACCACCUGUUAGAUGAAGAAUCUUUCUUAAACGCGUUAAAAGAAGACCAAGGUCGCGCUACCAACAUGUCUCUAUUCGACGAGAUACGCCUCAGUUUCAGCGCAAACAUUUCCAGACACAACAUGACAGAUAACACACCGAAACAAGACAGAUUUCAAUACUUAGACAGACCCUUCAACUUUGUCGAAACGCAAGGCGACGACUCAAACGAAACGGAGCCUUUCACCAGUGAAAAUAGGGAAAGCAUAAACAAGUCCGUAAUCACUACUGGAACGCAGACCGGCGCUGAAUAUAAUGACAUUGAAAAUUAUUCUAUUGCAACACAAACUGAUGACCAAGACAAAAACAAAUCCAUACCAAUUAAAAUUGUAUUUACAAAGGCAACACAGAGCAAUAUUGAAAAUGUGUGUCGCAGUCACAUUGAAACACAAACUGAUGAUUUUCAUAAUAAUAAUAACGUUAUCAAGACAUGUCUGGACUGUUCUAAAUGUAACGAAUGCGAAAACUUAAAAAAGUAUAUAGAAAAACUAGAAAAUGAUGUUAAAAUAUCACAGCGGAUUGUCAAAGAGGCAGAAUCGGAUCUUGCGAUAUAUGAAAACAACUUGGUCAUUCUUCAGAAAUUAGUUCAAGACGGUACAGACAGGAAUAGCUUGUUACAAAACGCUGUGGAUAGUUUGCAGUCUAAGAUUGUUUUGUUGGAGGCAUCUUGUGCUAACCAAAGAGACCUUAUUGACAGCUUGAAUUGUGAAGUACGCUUUGUGCAGUGCCAGACUGAGAGUGGUAAUUUGCUUUGCAAUGUCAUCUAUAUUUGAGUAGAUAUCGUAUUUUGUGUAGAUAUACAUAACCAUUAAAAAUCUACGGUACAGGUUGUCCCAGAAAUGGUACGUUAGGAGCUAACAGUAGGUCUUACUAUCUCCAGAAGCCUUUUUAUGAAUUCCUUACCCGAGGCAAAGACAAAUUGUUAAAUCUGCUAAACGGUACGCACAGAGUUGUCUCGCUCUAACAAUAGGAUUGGCCUUGCGUUAAAAGUUUGUAAUGGAUCAAUUUUAUGAAAUAAAUCACAGUUUCUCUUGCUCGGCUUUUAAAACUCUAAAACAAAAACAGCUCUUCGACUUUUAGACCUCUAGUAGAAGUAUUUUAGUUUAUUGAUCUGGAGCCAAUAUCUUUAACAGUUAAAUCUUUGACGUAAAAUUUUUGGGACAUUCUAAUUAUCAUUAGCGUUAUUUAUAUUCAGUAUUUGUUGAAAAAGUUUUCCCAUUGAUUGGAACGGAUAAAAUGUCAUCCAUGUAAAAUUUGCAUUCCUAGAGGUGAUAUUUAUUUAAUGAAACUCAAUGAGACGGGUUAUUUUACGGGUUAUCAGUCUGUAGUAACAAGGCUCGAUACAUACCGGAAACAUUUCCAAUAACGCAUUGAAUUGAAUUGGAAGAAAUCGGCGUUAUAAUCUGUUUCAUUAAAUAAGUAGUUUACAUGGUAUAAAUUUUGGCAAUUCAAAAGAAAAAAAGUUGAAGACUCAAAUAUGGAUAGGUUUAUUUAUUUACUGUUUGUUACAUUUAUUUGUGUUGUCCAAUUGAAGCAAUUAAUGUGUGAUUGUUUUGAGUGUUUCAUGUUGGUGAAGGCCAUAAUGUGGAUGUACAAUAACUUAUACUUGUAUUGGUUAAAGAUAUAUGCGUAUUAAGUAAAUUAGGAGUAGUAGUCAUAAUAAAUUUUGUCAUAUAAUUUUUUAUCUAAAAAAAGUAUUUUAUAAUUAUGUAGAAGUAGAAUUUUAUUCAUUACUAUAUUUGUUGAACUGUCUAGUAAAUAAAUAGGGUAGUAAUUUAUUGCCGGUACAGCAGUUGACUAUUCGUGUUUGCUUUUUGUAAACUUGACAUCUGUCUGUCCUCUUCAUUCCUUAUAAAGCAUGAUAAGGACAAGUUAAGUUUACAAAUAGCAAAUGCGAAUAGCCAAGUGAAGUGUCGGCAUAUAAUAAGUUGUAUUUUAAAGAAUAUUAAACUACUUGGCUUGCCUGAUUUCAGAUGUAACUUCUGUAUCGACACAAGUGGAGAUCCCAUGUGCGGACUGCACGAAGCGAAAUGCCAUCGCUCCACAUCGUGGGCUCCGCCGAUAUUUUUGGGAGGGGCUCAAGUGUCUAUUCCAAGUUUUCGCGGUGGUUUGCUUCCUGUGCGCAAUAUCCGCGCUGUACGGAGUUUCCCGAAGAUCUAACGAACGUUGCCGACACCACGUGCCAUGGAAAUGGCUUCAUGCGCAAGAUAUACUCGAUCUACUACUCAGAAUCGAUUAUCUAGCCGACGUGCCUAUGUAAAUAAAAAUAGUUAAUGUAAGAUUGCCCAGAAGAUGGCGAAUUCAUGCGCAACAUACGAUCUAUUACUCAUAAUCGAUUAUUUAGCCGACGUGCCUAUGUAAAGAAAAAUAGUUAUUAUAAGAUUGCCCAGAAGAUGGCGAAUUAAUGCGCAACAUACGAUCUAUUACUCAUAAUCGAUUAUUUAGCCGACGUGCCUAUGUAAAGAAAAAUAGUUAUUAUAAGAUUGCCCAGAAGAUGGCGGAUUUAGACGCAAGAUACGAUCUAUUACUAUCUAUUAUUUAGCCGACGUGCCUAUGUAAAGACACAUAGUUAUUGUAAGAUUUCCCAGAAGAUGGCGGAUUCAUGCGCAACAUACGAUCUAUUACUCAUAAUCGAUUAUUUAGCCGACGUGCUUAUGUAAACAGAUAUUGUAAAUGUAGGAUUGCCCAGAACAUGGCGGAUUCACCAUCCAGAAGAUGGAAGGGUGAUGUCAAUGUCUUUACAAAUAAAGAGAGUUGAUUAUAUAUGAGACUGAUCAAUUGUUGUUGGUUUGAUGUCGUCGGUUUUGAGAUCAAGCAAGUCCGAAAAGCUGCGCUGGAUGCAUGUGUAGACUAUAUCCGAGUUCUACUUACAGUUGAGCAGUGCUCAGGAUGGCAUAUGUAGCCGAUUUUUCUAUAUAAGGCAUGUUUAGUGCCUAAACAAUGACAUGCAGUGUCUAAACAUUUUAACGAAAAACAAAUACUGAGAGGUUGUCCCAAAUAUGAUGGACCUACCAAAUAAAUGUGUUGUCAAAACUCCAAAUGCAAUCUUGUUGAAGAUCUAUGUUGAUAAGGCUCUCUUGCCAGCUUUUGUCAGGCAUCCUUCCAAUUAAUCUAAAAAGCCCAGCUUAUCCUAAUCACAACGAACUUAAGUGUAUAUGUUAUAUAAGUGAAUGUGAAGCUUUUAACCAAUAGACUGGCAGUGCUGCUAUUCAGCCAGAAUUUUGAAAAAUAUGACCUAUGACAUAGAAUUUAAGGCACACAAUAGAAUGAGACAUAACAAUUUAAAUAUACGUAUAUCCCAGUUUAGUAAAUACCAAUAAAGUGGAUACAUGCGUUAUUUCAGCUGUUCCAUUUUAGUAAUCGCAAUUUGUGAACCCUGUAAACUGCCGGCAGCUAACUUGUAACUUCGUAAAAUAAUUAUCACAGAAUAUUGUUAUUAUUUCCCAAUUGGAAAAUUAACAAUUAUAAAUUCGAAUCUUAAAAUUUAAUUUCUUAAUUUGAAUUAAAAUUAAUUAUUUUCAAAUGUAUCUUUUAUACAUCUUUUCUUUAUUAUUUUUAUAUUACUUUUUUACAUAAUUGGGUAUUUAAUUAUAAAGUUGCAUGCAUAAUUAGCGUAACAACGUAGUUUCAAGCCUGAAUAUGCUAUAGGGCAAGGUGGUUAGGUGUCCUUUGAGACAGCUAUUUGAUGUUUUUGAAUUCGUUGUUCUUCCUAACUUGUUUUUUAUUUUUUAUAUAACUAUGAAAACAGAUUGACAUAACUUACAUAAUAGAUAGGAACUUAAUUUUGUAUUGAAAUAUGUCAGACUCUCUUCUCUUCUAAUGAGAAUGCGAUUCAUAAUUCUAAUGUGCUGCAUUAUAUGCAUGGUAUGUAAGCAACAGUUAAAACCAUUCUGUGAUAGUAUAGUGCCAGUAAAUUAAGUGUAAUAAAUCCUAGAUAGUAGCAAUGUAGAUUCGAUAAGACACAUUUCUGACGUACGCAACAGUUUUCAAAAGUUUAUUUGUAAUAUAAUAGUUAAGUUUUAUAGAACUUGGCAUAGAAAAAGCUUGACCAAAAAUAUUUUUAUUGUAUAAUUUAGACUAAUUGAAUAUAAAAUUUUCAAAAAAUCUAGUAAUUAGAAAAAAUUUGAGAGAGAUCUGGGGAGAAUGGACAAAAUUAUAUGAAAAAAAUGUCGCCGCGUUUUCGCGUAAAUAUAAAAUUUUAUGGCAUUUGUGGAGAAAAAUCAAGUGAAAAAAUAAACGUACUACGAUAAUAUUAUUCACUUGAUUGUAAGUUUUACUGAAUUGAGUUUCAAUAGUGAAAUUAGUGGUAUUUUUUAUAAUUAUUUAGUAUUGAACAGCAUAUUUUUUAAACACCAUACUCUGGAUAUGAAGUACAACAUUCAGUGGUAUUUGAAAAUAUAUAGCAGCUCCGCCAGUAACAGUACAUUCCGCUGUCAAAUAUUAUGGACAAAAGGUGAUUGCGAAAACUGACAAAACUAUUUUGUUAUUAUUAUUAAUCGCUGUUCAGUAAUAAUUUCAUUUAGUAGUGUUUUUAUGCUGCAAAUGCAAUAAAACACCAUAAAAUUUCAUAUUUAACGCAAAAAUGAAGUAGAAAGAUACCCAUAUAAUAUGUUCUCGACGAUUUGUAGGUUAGUGACUAACAUGACAUUUAGAAACGCAUUUACUUGUUAGGUUAUAUUUUUGUAGGUUAUAAAUAUAUAAAGCUGUUCAGUUUAUUCAAAUUUGAUUGUAUUUAAGUUGUCUGAUUAGAUUAAUAUAGAGAUACUUGAUGGAAACUCGUCCCAACAUUUUGUUUUUAUUUUCUUUUUCAAUCCAAAAACUUUAUUGAGAAAAGGAUCUUUAUGAACAUGAGUGACAGUUCAGGGAAGGCGCUACUGUCUGCGUAAACGAAAUACAAAAUUAUGACGUUUACAAAGUAACCUGCGUUAGUUCCAAUUUUCGCCACUUUCAUAAAGAUGCAACGUACUAUAAGUUAGUUUGGUUGGAGCUACGGUUAGUGAUAAAAACUGGGACAUGUUAAGGACAAAUACCCCUAGCACGAACCAUUAUCGAAUUCGAAUAGUUUGCAAACCGAAAUGUCAAUGUCAAAUUUUGUAUGGAAACUUGAACAGCAGCGCCACAAAGUACGUAACGGGAACUAAAAAUCAGUACACUUUGACACUGACAUUUCAGACUCGCAAAUGAUACGAAUUCGAUAUUGGUUCGUGCUAGGGGUACAGUUUACAUAAAACCUACUAGUGAUUAAAAUGGGACAUGUUAAGACGAGUUUACACAUAACUGUAAUUAUUAUGCCGGCACUUCACUUGGCUAUUCGUGUUUGCUAUUUAUUGAAUUAUAUUGAAAACAGUCUGUCCUUAUCAUGCUUUUAUAGAAUGAAAAGUACAGUCUGUUGUCAAGUUUACAAAUAGCAAACACGAAUAGCCAAGUCAAGUGCCGGCAUAAUAAUUACUGUUUGUGUUUUUGGUUAUAUUGAUUUGCAACAUUAAUCUGCAAUGCACGUAUAAUCGAUUUCAAAUUAAAAUUCGGACCCAUUUUUUUAUGUGCGUGUGUAUGCAGAUGACCUUUACAGCGUCGUCGCCGGCUUUGGGGACGGGGAUCCUAAGGGGACCUCUAGCCGAGAAUUGGCGAGUGCCUCUAGAGGUAUUCCAGUCUGAUGGCAUCUCCCCCCCGUCUGGAGCCUCGACCCCUCGAACCUGAGAGGGACAAACCCAAUUAGUUUGUUAUUUAAAAAAAUCAGCACAAAUUAUUCGUAGAUUAUUAUUGUUAUAUUAGUUUGCUAUCUUGUCUGAUGAAUCUCAUUUUCUUAACUCACCAGAGAUGCGCAUUCAAUAUGGAUAUGACUUAAGAUAUAUAUUGUAUGCCGGCACUUCACAUGGCUAUUCGUAUUUGCUAUUUGUGAUCUUGACAACAGACCUUUCCACUCCUAAGUAUGAUAAGGACAACCUGCUGUCAAAAUGACAAAUAGCCACGUGAAGUGCCGACAUUAAUAUAGGCAAUAGGAACACUGCAUUUGUAAAUUAAAUUAGUCAUUAGCGGUUUUAAUUACCUAUGUUAUCUCUUGUUUCUAUAUAUUUUAAAUGAAUGAACAAUAAAUUUUCUUAAAUUGAA